UAAAACAAAGACACUACAGAACACUAAAGUAUGACUCUAUGGUAGGUAGCUACACUAGCGAACUCCAUACAACAACAACGUGAAGUGUUGUGGAGCGAAGAUCCUGCGUGUCCUGCGCUAUCCUGCCUCACACGUGGUCCGUGGACCUGCCGCCAGACAGCAGCUCCUUCGCGCGGCGCGGGCUUUAGGUGGGUGAGAUUAAUCAAUACGAGAUGCCGAUUGAAUGUUAAACUGGACUUGACCCGGCUUUUGGUUGUUUUCGCCGCAUCAGUAGAUGUACCCGCGAUGUGUCCGUGUAUAUAGUCGCGAGCAGUAGUGUUCCUCGUAGCCUCCAAGAGUGGCUUAUUUUGACUCUAGAGACCGCCUCAUCAAGGUCUCUGUGGUGUCCAGCGUGCGAGACAUCGAGUCCGUCGUCUGGCGACGCAAGCACGUAGUGAUGAGCGAGCAAGAUGUGGACGACGUCGCUUUCCUGACAGAUACGUUUUGGCCAGUUCCUGUAUUCUGUGGUGACAGCCAGACGGGUAUACACAAACGCAGUGUGUACGAACACAACGGUGUGGCAGUAUGUUCCCAGAAGAGAGCGCUCUGUAUCGCCACGGUGAUCAUGGCUAUCCUCUUCACCGUCUCCCUCAUCAUCGCCUACGCAGGGCCUCAAGCAGAAUGCCCCUGUGCGGGGGAGAUGCCUCCCUCCCUUGAUGGGGAAGAUGAGGAAGGGGUGAGGAACGUCAUCCCCAUAGCAACCAAUGGGGAGAUCUUCCCCUGGAACAACCAUAGGCUUCCUACGUUUGUCAAGCCUACUAGAUACCACAUAAACAUCCAUCCUAACCUGACCACCAUGGAUGUUAAAGGCCAAGUGACAAUUGAUUUCAACGUAGACAAGGAUACCUACUUCAUUGUUCUGAACUCAAAGAAUCUCACUAUAACUGAUAAGAUGGUGACAACAGAUCGUAAGACACACAGGCUACAAGUUGCUAGGUUUCUUGAAUACUCAACUGGGCAGCAGUUGUAUUUGGAGUUGAAGGAGAAGUUCAGAAAGAGAGUGAAUUACACCCUGAUCAUGAGAUACGCUACCAGACUCAGUAGAGAACUCGAGGGCUUCUAUCUCAGCAGCUACACUAACAAGGAUGGGGAGCGCAGGUACUUGGCAACAACUCACUUUGAACCAACUUAUGCCAGAGCCGCUUUCCCAUGUUUUGACGAACCCCAGUUCAAAGCUCGUUUCAAAAUGUCAAUCUUCAGAGAUCGCUUUCACAUAUCUCUAUUCAAUAUGCCAAUCAUCAACACUGAAGAUGCUGGAUUUUACAUGGGAACAGGGCUGUUGAGGGAUGACUUCCAAGAGUCGGUGGAGAUGAGUACAUACCUUGUGGCCUUCGUAGUGUGUGACUACAAGUACAUCAACGGUCACACGGCCCGGGGUGUCUCUGUAUCUGUGUAUGCUCCUCCAGACCUCAUACCACAGGCCAAGUUUGCCCUCAACACCGCCAUCAGCAUGAUGGACCACUACGAGGAGUUCUUCGGUGUCGACUACCCACUACCAAAACAAGAUUUGAUAGCAAUACCAGAUUUUGGAGUGGGAGCCAUGGAGAACUGGGGGUUGAUCACUUAUAGAGAGACUUCCAUCCUGUACGAUCCCAACGAGACGUCAGCCGCGGCUCACCAGUGGGUGGCUGUAGUGGUGGCUCAUGAGCUGUCACACCAGUGGUUCGGGAACCUAGUGACAAUGCGUUGGUGGAACGACCUGUGGUUGAACGAAGGGUUUGCCAGCUUCCUUGAGUACCUCGGGGUGGACCAUGUAAUGCCGGGGUGGAGCAUGAUGGACCAGUUUGUACUGGAGAAGACUCAACCUGGCCUUAACUUGGACGCCUUAGCAUCAAGCCAUCCGAUAUCUGUGUCAGUUCAUGAUCCGACAGAGAUUGAGGCCAUAUUUGACACAAUAUCUUACAGCAAGGGAGCAGCUUUGCUUUACAUGCUGGAAAAGUUUCUGGGCCAAGACACUUUCCGCAGUGGCUUGAAUGACUACUUGAACACCCAUAAGUAUUCAAAUGCUGACACCAAAGAUCUGUGGACAGUCCUCAGUAAACAUGCCAAUAACACUAUUCAAGUGAAGACAAUAAUGGACACAUGGACGAGACAGAUGGGGUUCCCUCUCAUCUCCAUCAGCAGAGAGGGCAGCACUGUGUACGCCAAUCAGACGAGGUUCCUGCUGACUCCCGACCCGACCAAUGAAAGCAUCCCGCUGGACCAGCCCAAGUCUCAGUUCGGCUACAAGUGGUACGUCCCUCUGAGCUACUACACCGACACCAGCGAUGAAGAGGAAACUGUGUGGAUGAAUAUGACUGACAUCAAGUUUGAGGUUGAUCCGAACAUUGAGUGGCUGAAGGCCAAUGUGAAUCAGUCCGGCUUCUACAGAGUCACUUACGACGAGGAGAUGUGGAAUGAUCUGAUACAAGCGCUGAAACUGAACCACACAGCCUUCAGUCCAGCUGACAGAGCAAGUCUCAUUGAUGAUGCCUUCACACUCUGCAGGGCUGGUCUACUGAAUGUCACUGUACCCAUGGAGCUGUCCCUGUACCUACUCAAGGAGAGAGAGUACGUGCCGUGGGCAACAGCGUUGGAACACUUCCAGGCCUGGAGUCGCUACUUGUCUGAAGCAGCUCCGUACAGACUGUUCCUGCGAUAUAUGAAACAUCUGCUGGGACCCGUGGCUCACUCACUGGGCUGGGAAGACACUGGCACGCACAUGAACAAAUUAAUGAGGUCAGACAUACUGGCAUCAGCUGUUCUCUGUGAUGUUGAGGAAACUGUAAAAGAUGCUAAAUCCAAGUUCCACUCAUGGAUGACUAAAGGGACCAGGAUACCACCAAAUCUUCGUGAAGUGGUUUAUUCAGCUGGUAUAAAGUACGGGGGCGUGAAGGAGUGGCAGUACUGUUGGACCAAGUACAACAACAGUGGAGUGCCGAGUGAGCGCAAACUACUGCUCCGAGUCAUGGGAGUGGCCUCCGACCCCUGGAUACUACAGAGGUAUCUCCUAGCGACUCUGGACAGAGACAAGGUGCGACCGCAGGAUGUGAAGGUUGUGAUCGCAACAGUUGCCUCCAACCCAGAGGGCCGGCUGCUGGCUUGGAGGCAUCUGAAGGCGCACUGGACCACUCUACAGGGUCUGUUUGGCAACUCCACCUUCACCAUGGGGAGUCUCAUAGGCAGUGUCACGUCCCACUUCUCAACUCCAUUUGACUACAAGGAGGUAUCCAAGUUCUUCCGCUACCUGAACGUGGGAUCCGGAGGUCGAUCACUGGAACAGAGUCUGGAGACUAUCCAGCUCAACAUCCACUGGGUGAGACGCAACGAGGAGCCAAUGUUUCAGUGGCUCACCAACUAUCUGGAGAGAUAGUUCCGGCACACUAGACAGUUCGCCCGUGUGACUCUCUACUGCACGCCUGACUCCGGAGUCAUGCCUCUCUGUCUCUAGUCUCUGUGAUCUCCUCCGACACUAGUCAAUAGAUACGUGUGGUCCCCGACAUAUUGUAACUGUGCCAAAAACCACCAAAGUGAGCUAUUUUAUCAAGUAGUAUAACUCAAUAGUUUCAUUGUCUUUUACCGGUACUUGUUCUAAAACGGUUUUAUUUUGAGAAAAUAAAUGUUUAUUUUAUUAUUUAUCCCCCAUUUCUUCUCAUCUAUGAGCAUGUAUACAUUUCAAUGAAUCAAACCUGCUCUUAAAAAUAAUAAAUUGAAGAAAACAUUGUUAUAUACUGUCUGGCUAAAUAUUUAGAUCCAAUUAUUCGUGAAGAAUUUCAUGCAUAAACCUUGAUGAAACCUAAGUACAGUAAUCAUCAUCAGACAAUGUGACAUUUCAAAGAACCGUAACUAAUUCAUAAGAAUCUGUAACCUCUCCCAAUCCACCAUUGUGCUAAAUAGUAGACCAGUUAAUAAAAAUCCACAGCCAGUUAAAUAAAAAAAAAUCAAUGUACAGUAAACUGAUUACUAAUAAAUUGACAAUAACUACCUACGUAAUAUAUCAUUACACAACUGUAAAUGGAAAUUUAAUUUGAAUUAGAUAGUUUACCAGGCUGCAAUUUCCUUAAAAUAUCCUUUCCAUGAAUAUUUAUUUAAUAUUUAAUUAUUCAUGGUUAAAUAACCAAAUCGAUUGAUUUUAUUGUUAUGGUUUCAAAGAAAAAUAUAUUGAACAUAUAGUAUAACAUUUUCUAAACACAUUCCUAUUUGUUGAAAUGAAUAAACAAAAUGUACUCUUAACUAGGAUGUCUUAGUUAAAAAUUAAGGUUGAAAUACUAUAAUAUGAUAACUGAACAAUAACUGUACAAUAUUUAAUUGAGAAUGUUAUCUUAGAAUAAGGACAUUUUAUUGAGACACACCACAUUUUAUUAGAUAAUGUAACUCAAUUUGAAUAAAUUGUUUGGGCCUAAAGUGUAAAUUUGUGAUGUGUUAUUAAAAAAUAUAUAUUUAGGUUGGUACGCAUGAGUGUCCAAUGAGGUCCAAAUUGCAACAUCCGCAUAGCUCUUCUUUGUCUUAAAUAAAAAAUAUUUAUAGGUAUAUAUGUAAAUAAACCAUUACCGGUAUCACACCUUACUAUGCGUUAAAAGCUUUUAUUGGCUUGGAACAAUAAUACAAUUAGCAAACAUGGAUACAAUAAUUCAUGGGUAAAAUAACAUGAAACAUAUUUACAAUGCCCAAACUAUAAAAAUUAAAAUACAAAUUUAUAUAUGGAAUCAUGCCUAAAAUAAAUAUUAUAAAUUGCAAAAUUGCAAAAGUUGUUUUACUAUUUCAAGCUAAAUAAAAGUUUUGAGUGAAUUGUCUUUAGGUUUGUUGAAGUUAGUAAAAUACCAAAACAAGUAUAAUUGGAACCAUCAUAAAUACUUUGUGUAGUUUGAAAUUAAUCAACCAGGUAUAAAUUGUAGAACCCAAACUAUGGUAAACAACGUUAUUGCGAAGAAAGGAGACGGGAAUUGCUUAUUAAUACAUUUUUAAAUGAUUCAUGUUUCAAUUUGAUAAUAUUUUCUACUGAAAUAAUAGUAUGAAAAUGGACAUAAAACAUUUAACAAUACCUUAUGUUUUGUACAGUAUUUAAUUUUUUUCUACAGAACCUUUACCAUUCAUAAGUUUUUUACUUGUUUUAACGUAUUGAUUUCUUUCACAGGAAUAAUUCAUACCGGUACAGGUUUUAUCAUAGAAUAAUAUCAGUAAAGUAAUUUCUUUAUGUAGGUGCAAAAUUUAUACAAAAGCUUUGAGUAAUUUUGAUAGUCUAUAAAGGUCUUUUGGUAAUAUUAAGAUCAAUAAGAAAAACUACUUGUGAUGCUACUUUUAUGAUAAAUUUUGAACUGUUUUUGUAGAUGUGAAUUUAAAGUGGUCAUAAGGAGUCAAUUAGUUUAAAUUUCUAAAUUUUUCUCAGAGUUUUUAUGUUGCUAAAAGUGGAUUCUUCAUAUUUAUUAGAAACUCUUGUUAGUAUAUAUAUUUUUUAUUUUUAUUAAAACAUUACUAAAACUCCAGUAGCAAAUCUAGGUACUUGGAGAUUUUAUAAUUUUAUACAUCCAAGUGUCCAGGUUGAAAAUAGUGUUUAAAAUAUUACCUCAUUAUUUUAACUAUAAAAUGCUAUUAGUUAGUAGUAAAAAAAUAGAUUUUAAUUUUAUAUUUUUGUACCUAUGUGAGGUAGACCAAUUGUAGAACAAUUUUGUAAAUAUUAUAAAAUACUAUCUGUCCAUCAUUUUACCAUAUCACACUUUUAAAAAAUAUUUUAGAUGUAGUUAAAAACAUAAAUAACAUAAAGUAAUAAUUUUGACAUUAAUUUAUACAUAUAUGCAUGAAAUAGUUUUGAUAUGUUAAUUAUGCUAAACAUUCUGUAGGUUCAAUUUUAAGGUUCCAAGCUUUAUGUGAGUAAUGCGUUAAAAUUUAGAAAAUAGUGUGGAAUGAUAGAAUCGCCAUUUAAGCAUAGUAAGACCACAAAAUAUACUUGGACUUGGAUACAACUGAUCAAAUAUGGCAAACUUUUUUGUAAUAUCACAAAAGGAAUGUUGCAAGAGAGUACACAGGUAUAGCGAUUUUCUUGUAUGUUAUAUUUGUUGUUUUCUUGGAUGAUAUCGCCAAGUUGAAUUGAACUAAAGUACAUUGACACAAUCUAUAUAAUUAAUACGCUACAUGAAACUUUGUCGGUUGAACUCCUCCGCCAUUUCUUAACCGAUUUUAUCCAUUGACGUCUCAUUGGAAAGAACGUGUCGCGUAGAUUUGCAAACUGAUCCUACAUUUUUGAAAAAGUCCCUUGGGCUCUGCCCCAGUGGCUGUUAAAGUUCCCAUGUUAUCCUUAUGAAGAACAUAAUUGUUUACAUUUUGAUCAGCUGUAUAAUUUAAUUGCUGUUAUUUAUUUUUCAAUUCAAAGUCUUUUAAACUCAUCGGAAAUUGUGAUGACUUUUAUUUGUUUUUAAAUAACUACUUUACUUCUUUGCAAUUGCUCGAUUUCGAGCAACGUGUUUACUAGUAAAUAUAGCUGAUUAGUGUAUAUGUCAGGUCCUCAUAUGAUCAAGGCCACUUUAGUAAAUGGGCCCACAGAUGUUUUUGAAAAUUACCCCAUAAGAGAGGGGGAGCAAUGAUCCCUCGGUCCCAUAGUGUCACAUGCAAACUACGGCAUUCAUAUAACGAUAAUUUAUUUGAAAAAUUUUUAAUUUAUCAAAUAAAAUACAGUUUACAGCAUGAUUUGGUAUCCAUAAGUGGUGAUUUGUUGUGCAGGUGAUCCACCCAAACAGCCUGGGUGCAGUAGUAAGAAAAAAAUAUUCCUCAUUUAAUGUUGGAAGCAUGCAAUCGCUACCAUUCUUAUGUAUCAGUAUUAUUAGUUGUAAUCUUUAAUAAAGAAUAAAGGCUAUGUUGUACAUACUCUAAAUUGUGACAAAAUAGAUAAAUUAUGCAUUUGUUUUGUUUAAUUAAAAACAUGAACAAUUACACAAUGUCAUUAAUUUAUUCUAACUAUUGAUAUUGUGUGUUUUUUUUUUUACUGAAAUAUGUGUUUUUACAUAUUUAUGUGUCUGUUACUUUUAUUUUGUUGAUGUAUAUGUUGUGAGUUUUGUAAAUUAGACUAGGUAUGUUAUUUAUUACAAUUUAAGAAAGCGUUGAGGAAUUUAAAACCUGUAAACACAAAACAACUAAAUUAGAUCAAAAGAGAUAAUGUAUACUUCAUAAUAAGUGAGACAGGAGUUUCAUUGUGGAGAUUUUGUGUUCACACAAAACAACAGAUUAACUAAUGCAUAUCAGUUGUAAAAAAUAUAUAGUAAUGUUUCUCUCUAAAAGACUAUAAAGAAUUUUCCUGGCUACAAAAUAUAUUUAAAAUUAGUCAAAUCAUUAAUAAAGAGUGCUAGGUAGCAUAGACAAACUCUCAAAUGAAUUGCAAUUUCAAAGUAUUUCUGCUGCAUUUCUCAGUUUUGGAGCGACAAAUUGUCAUCUCAUUGGCAAUUUGCAAUAGCAGAAGUUAACGGCUAAUAAAUUUUAACUUCAAUAAAUUACGUCAUUAUUCGUGGGUGUGCUUAUAAUCCUCAUGGGUGAUUCACUUCUAGUGCUUUAAAUGCAUGCUUUGAUUUUUCCAGAAGAAUUUUAUUAUUGAAUGCAAUGCUCUUGAUACAAUUUCCUUUGAUCCACAAAUUGUAACCUAUCUACCGAUAAAACCAUCAGAUAUACACUUUUCUCCUAAUUUGCUCAUAACAAUAAAUUAUUGUUUCCUUAGAGCUAGGGUGCUUAGAAUAAGAUCUGUCUGUAUACAUUAUAUUUAAUAAGCUAAAUAAGUAUAUAUUUUUACAAACAAGCCAUAAAUGUCUAUAGUGUCUUUAAUAAGUUACUGCUGCGUGUAAACUUGAUUUAAUAGUUGUAAACUUAUUUUGUUUAUAAUCAAAAUUGUAAAAAGUAAAUAAAAAUUGCA